AUGACAGAUAAUGAGGAAGAGGAGGAGGAAGAUAACAUGGAAGAUGACAUGGAGACUGAAGAACGAGACAGUGAGGGGACAGAGAAGCACACCACCAUCAACUUUGAUCCCAGUCUUCCCACAUCACAUUCUUACCUGGGCUCAGACAUGGAGGAGUUCCACGGCCGUACGGUCCACGAUGAGGACAGCUGUCAGACCAUCCCUGUGCUGCCUCACACGGCUGUGAUGCUGGUGCCCGGCCAGACGCUGCCUCUGCAGCUCUUCAGACCGCAGGAGGUCAGCAUGAUGCGGAGCAUCAUCCAGAGAGACCGCACCUUUGCAGUGCUCUCACACAG